UGCGCGUAAACCCCGGGCGCGUGCAGCCGCCUCCGGGCCCCGCCCCCGCGUCUCUUCCUCUGCCCGGCGCUGACGCCGGCCCUCGCCGCCAGUCGUUGACAGCCGCCGAGCUGCGAGCUUCUUCUCUCCCGCAGAGGCAGGGACUCCUGAAUAUAUUUGAAAACUGAACAGUUUCAGCCAAGCCGAAGCAUUCUGUCUUCCCAGGGACACAAAUCCAACUUAGCUGAGCCAAAGCAGAUGACACAAUUUUGGAUGAUUUUCCUGGAUUUUCCAGAUAGAAAAUCAUACCUGGGACUUCCCUGGUGGUGCAGUGGUUAAGAAUCUGCCUGCCAGUGCAGGGGACACGGGUUCGAGCCCUGGUCCAGGAAGCUCCCACAUGCCGCGGAGCAACUAAGCCCGUGCACCACAACUACUGAGCCUGAGCUCUAGAACCUGCAAGCCACAACUACUGAAGCCCGUGUGCCACAGCUACUGAAGCCUGCACACCUAGAGCCCGUGCUCCGCAGCAAGAGAAGCCACCGCAAUGAGAAGCCCACGCACCGCAACGAAGAAUAGCCCCUGCUUGCCACAACUAGAGAAAGCCCGCACACAGCAACAAAGACCCAACGCAACCAAAACUAAAAUAAAUAAAUUUAAAAAAAAAAAGAAAAGGGCUUCCCUGGUGGCGCAGUGGUUGAGAGUCCGCCUGCCGAUGCAGGGGACACGGGAUCGUGCCCCGGUCCGGGAAGAUCCCACAUGCCGCGGAAAGGCUGGGCCCGUGAGCCAUGGCCGCAGAGCCUGCGCGUCCGGAGCGUGUGCUCCGCAACGGGAGAGGCCACAACAGUGAGAGGCCCGCGUACGGCAAAAAAAAAAAAAAAGAAAAAGAAAAUCAUACCUGGCUAGAACCUCCAUAACAGUCUAAAAUAGCAGCAAUUGCUUGCAUUCUUGUCUUGUUCAUUAUAUUAAGGAGAAUGCCUUUCCUCUUUCAGUUAAGAUAAGUCAUCAUGGUGAAAAGCCACAUAGCCAAUUGGAUCCUGGUUCUCUUUGUGGCCACGUGGAGUGACAUGGGCUUCUGCAAGAAGCGACCAAAGCCUGGAGGAGGAUGGAACACUGGGGGGAGCCGAUACCCAGGACAGGGCAGUCCUGGAGGCAACCGCUAUCCACCCCAGGGAGGGGGAGGCUGGGGUCAGCCCCACGGUGGUGGCUGGGGACAGCCCCACGGUGGUGGCUGGGGUCAGCCCCACGGUGGUGGCUGGGGACAGCCCCAUGGUGGUGGAGGCUGGGGUCAAGGUGGUGGUACCCAUAAUCAGUGGAAGCCCAGUAAGCCAAAAACCAACAUGAAGCAUGUGGCAGGAGCUGCUGCAGCUGGGGCGGUGGUAGGGGGCCUUGGCGGCUACAUGCUGGGGAGUGCCAUGAGCAGGCCCCUUAUACAUUUUGGCAGUGACUAUGAGGACCGUUACUAUCGUGAAAACAUGUACCGUUACCCCAACCAGGUAUACUACAGGCCAGUGGAUCAGUAUAACAACCAGAACAGCUUCGUGCAUGACUGUGUCAACAUCACAGUCAAGCAGCACACGGUCACUACCACCACCACCAAGGGGGAAAACUUCACUGAGACGGACAUCAAGAUGAUGGAGCGUGUGGUGGAGCAGAUGUGCAUCACCCAGUACCAGAGAGAAUACCAGGCUUAUUACCAAAGAGGGUACGGGUUACACAGCAGCUAUUGCAUCAAGAAUGGAUGUUCAUGCAACACUAGACUUCAGGGCAGAGGACAUUUUCACAGGGAAUGAACAUAACUAACAUAAUAUGAAAGGCUUCUGAGACUAAAAAUUUCCAGCAUAUGGAAGAGGUGCCCUCGGAGACAGCCUCCCAUUUUGGAUGUUUAAAGCACCUUUAUGUGGUAUUCUUUUCUUUAGUAAUGUAAACUAUAGAUAAUGAAGAUACUUUAAUUAAACUACCUUCUGGACACUGAGAGCAAAUCUCUUUUGUUUGUUUACCUGGAAAGCAGAAUGAUUUUAACAUUGUUUGGAUGAAGCCAGGAGAUUUUAACAUAGAGGAAACAGCAGCUAUAAAAACACGGUAUUCAGGUCCUUAGUUUCUGGAAUUGGCUUUUGAAUCAAAGAAUAGGGAGGCAUUCCAAAAAAAAAAUAGGUUAGAGAUGGUAGGAAUAUGAUCCAUUCAAAGUGGAAAAAGCAAUUCUGUUACCAUUAUUUAAGUAAGGUAAAAUUAUUCCCUGGGUUGUUCAAUAUUGUCACCUAGCAGAUUUACAUUACUAUUCUGCACUGUUAUUACUGGCUUGCACUUUGUGGGUAUCCUAUGUAAAAAAAAAAAAAAAUUUAUAUAUAUAUAUACAUAUAUAUAUAUUGCAUAUGACAAAAUUAGAAAUUUUGGUUAGAGCGAUUAACAUCUGAACUAUCUAAUGCAUUACCUGUUUUUGUAAGGUACUAAAUACUUAAUAACACUUAAAGGAAACCCUUUUGUGUGGUCCUUAGGCUUACAAUGUGCACUGAAUAGUUUUGUAUAAGAAUACAGAGUGGUAUUUGAAAUACGCAUGUGCUUUAUAUUUUCUAUAUUUGUAACUUUGCAUGUACUUGCUUUGUUGUAUUAAAAGUUUAUAAGUGUUUAAUAUCUGACUAAUAUUAAACAGGAGCUAAAAGGAG